AUGGUGAAUUUUGAGAAACGUAGCGGACUGUACACUGCCAUAUCUGAGUCAACAAUGAUGAACAGUAAAGGCUUGUGUGAGAACGCGCAACAAGGCACAGCUGCCAAAUGUGUCGAAAAAUGCACCGAAUUUGACAAUAUCGGUGAUCGCUCCCCAUGUAUGGACUUUUACAAGUACGACAGCGCGUUUCAAGCUCCUCAGAGUUUCGCCGGUGCGGUGGACUCCCCGACGUCGUCCCUGUGUCUCACGGAAGCGUUGCUAACGGCAACUAAUACAGUGUCGUCAUCGACACUUUCGGCUACUUUCCCAUUCCCAAACCAGAUUAACGCCUUGGCCAUGCUGUGGGAAGGAGGACAGGCAACAAACCUUUGUUCGCUCGUGGACGACGCCGUCGACUCUGCGACGGACCCACCUCCCACUGCUACCGUAUUGUCAAACUGUGACAGUAACAACGAUGAGAGUCGUUUUCCUUCUACGCUGUCAGGAACCGAAGCGUCGGCGAAACAUUCUCCCUCUGCUGAUGAAGUCUUCCCCAUGCUGCAUGUACAGCCGUACACGGAGCACGUUUGUUUUGGUGGUCUGCAGGGAAAGAGCGGCGGAGCCGAAGAGCAUGAUGUUGAGGGUAAUGUGGAAGUUCUUAAAGCAUCGCCAGUCAUUUCCCCUCCACUGUCAGAUGUUGUCAACUCCGUCGAAGAAAAAAAGGAUGACACCAUGAGCAAUGACAAGAAACACACCAGCCUGAAAAACGGUGAAGCGGCGAAGGAGGGUAAAAAGGAAACGGUCCCAGUGGUGGACCCACAACGCGCGAAGCUUCACGUACCGCUAAGCGCCAUUACCCCUACCAAAGCUCUUGGGGGCCGAGUGCAACACCCCAGCCUUUGUCUCCUCUUUCAGUCAGGCCGUUGUCGCCAGGGCGCCAACUGCUACCAGAUGCACGUUGACCCGGAAGUGGUUAAGGAGCUGCGCCAGAUCAUCCAAGGCCUUCCGUGCUGCUGCACGUACCAUGGUGACUGUAAUAGCAAGCUGUGGGAUGCAAAAGCUAACGCCGACCGCACCAUUGUAAUAAACAGGGUGGCGGUACCGCUUGUACGCGUGGCGUAUACAAGCGGACUCUCUCGCUUUGUCAAGAAUGAAAUGCAGCGUCCACUGAGCACUGGCGUGCUUUGUCGUCUACAUGGAGCACCGGGCGGGUGCCGCUAUGGUGCGGAUUGCUGGUACGUGCACGUGUGCCGUGAAAUUCUGGCGAAUGAAGCGGCCUUUUCGCUGGACACUAACGUGACAAGUUCGGCGAAGGAGUGCCCCAUAAAGACUUCGCCCCAGCCAGCCCGUACAAAGGGCGCAUGGGUGGUGCCAGACUGCCCGAGAAACCCGUUCCACCAGCCACACCAGCAGUUCCAACAACAAACAGGCUUUCUUGGCAUAGAUCUCCAUCACUCAGCAGUGAUUGAAAACCUUUUUCAAGAGGAAAGUAACGGGGGAGCCAGCACCGGCAAUUCUCAUGAUAUAACACUUUCCUCAGCAAUGCCAUGCGUCUGGAUGUAUCCUGCCUCAUCACCAUUCGAGCAAGGGAAAUGGUUUCAGGCGCAACUACCCGCUGGGGUGUCAGCUUGCGUCACGGGUGGGCAGCCCACGGCUGCGUUGAUCGCGACACAGUGGCCCAAGUCGUCCUGCUCUGGCUCUGCCGUUUCUCACGUUUUGAUGCCGUGGCAGUCGCAAUGGGGCGUCGCAUCAUCAGUUCCUUUUGGGAAGUCACUCUCAGGUGCCCAACCCACCAUGACAUUUGGCCAGACAUACUGUAACAAUAAGGAAUCAUCGUAA